AUGCAAAAUUCUCGCCGGAAAGUAAUGUGGGCGGACCUCCCGGUGGAGAUUAUCCGAUCGAUUGCGAAACGCCUUCGAAAGAAACAAGAUCUACAAAACUUCAAAUCAGUUUGUAAAAAAUGGCGUGGAGCCACCGCAAUCUCCGCCCUCUUACCGUACGAUAUGGGUUCGGAAACUCUGUUUUCAUCCUCUGUUUUUCUCCUCCGCCCACCUGUCUCUGGCCCACCAUGGCUGGUCACUUCGGUUGAGAUCACUAAAGGGAAAUUUCAAUUUUGCCAUCCUCUUUCUGGUGAUCUACUACCUGAUAUUCCUGAGAAUUUCAGCCUAGACCGGUUUCGGCCGCGUUGUCUUGCUGUUGAUUACCACAUGGCUGAUGAAAAGGAUAAGUGUAAACCUUCGAGGGCUCUGUUUUGUCAUGAUAAAGUGCUGCCGUUUUUUGAUGAUCAAAGUGUUCCGACCGGUGUCGAUGAUGGUUCGUUGUUGGUUUUGUUUAGAGGGGGGCAAUUAGGAGGGUCUCCUCCGGUUAGGCCGGAGUUUCGGUAUGGAACGGAGUUGCCUUGGUUUGAUAUUUCGUAUGGUUCGCUUGACAAGUUCGAUGAUCUUGUGUGUUUUUGUGGUGUAAAUUAUGUAAUUGAUAGAGUUGGGAAGUUGUACAGGAUGUUUACUAAUCAAUUUGCAGUACUUAAGACAGUAGUCGAAAAGCCGGUGAUUAAGCCGGAAUGUGUAAGCAAGGGUUUGAGGAAGCGUCUUGAGGGAUUAAAAUCAUCUGGAGAAUUGUAUAUGAUUAGGCGAAGUAAUGAUAUGAUUAAAGUUUAUAAGUUGUGUAAGUUUGCUGAUAAGAAGUCAUGGAGUUGGAUUAAGGUUGAGAGUUUUGGGGAUGAUGAUGAUCCUAAGGUGUUGUUUGUUUCGAAAUCGUGCAGUUUCUUUGUUUCAGCUGCUGAAUUUCCUGGUUUUGAGCUUGGAAACUGUAUUAUCUUUUCCAACGGCGCCUUUCGUCCCUAUAGUAAACCUGCUGAAUCUAAGGUUGUAGUUCAGUUUUUUAGGUUAGGAGAUCAUGAUCAUGUUGAUUCCAUACAGACUGUGGGUUUCCCGGGAAGUGCUCUUGACUUUUAUUCUCCGCCGUCUAGGGUUUUGCAGGCUCAGUCGACUUCAUUCCCGUCACAUUUUCAAUGGUAA